UCCUGCCAAUAACAAAUGACAUUGUACAUUUAUACUGGUACAAUCAUUUUGGAUCUAUUAGCGUCUUGGUCAAGCUGUUCCGGGAACUUGGUGACGUCACUUUUCGGGGCGUGCUAAUCACGAUGGGAACCGUUUAGCAAACGCUAUUGGCUGAUUUCAGAAGAGCGUCGAGCGUGGAUUGGCUUACUGGACUUCAGUCUUAGUUUUUUCACUGCGCGGAUUGGUUUGUUGUCUCUGUGGGCGUAGCCGUGGCCUGAGGUGGGAUAUGCAGGCCGUGCGCCUAAUCAAAUCGAAAUCUGCUCUCUGAGCCAGGCGGCGGCACCACCGAUACUCACUGUUAAUCUACCUCACCCGUUAUUGCUCGGCAUGAAGGGAGGGGGUCUGCAUUGCCGCUGCUCCAAAUGCUUUGCUGCUCCUCCGAGACGGCGAAUAAAGAGACGACCCCGUGUGCUGACCUUGCUCAGUCUGCCGGAAGAUGUUCUUCUCUAUGUGCUGGAAUGCCUCCCUGCUGUGGACAUCUUAUCCAUGCGAGAGGUACAUCCACAUUUGAGGUCCCUGGUGGACUCUCACAGUAGUGUUUGGGCUCGCGCCUCUUUCCAAGACGUCUGGCCUUCUUCUGAAAACUUGAAUCUUUUUGAAAGGGCAGCUGAAUGUGGUAACUUUGAAGCGUGUGUGAAGCUAGGGAUCGCUUACUUGUACAAUGAAGGCCUGUCUGUGUCAGACGAUGGCCGGGCGGAGGUUAACGGACUGAAGGCUUCUCGUUUCUUCAGCCUGACUGAGCGCCUAAACGCUGGAGCAGACCCCUUUGUGUGGCUUUUCAUCCGCCCCCCUUGGUCCUCCUCUGGAAGCUGCUGCAAGGCUGUGGUAUUUGACAGCCUAAACGAGGAGUGUGGGACUGUUACAAGUGGAGAGGGUGCAACAGGGGCUCUUAAAGGAUCAAUUCAGUAUUGUUUGGCAAAAGUUCUGAGCCUGUUUGAGGAUGAUGACAAGAAGAGGGAAGCUCUGGGAAUGCUUGAAUCCUCUGCCUCUAAUGGCUGUUUGCACAGCGCUUACCUACUCUGGGAAACCAAACAGAAAACCGCUUUAUCGGACCCUGGCAGAUACCUCCAGAGCUUUCGGCAGCUACGUGAUUAUGCAGCAAGGGGCUGCUGGGAUGCUCAGAUUUCAUUGGCGAAGGCUUGUGGUCACAAGAAUCCGCUAAACCAGGAGCAACGAUCAGCCGGUGAACUGGUAAACCAAGUGUUCCAGUCAUCUCUGCCUAUCAACAAAAGCAGCAUAUUCACCACUCAGAAGGGCAUGAAUGACACUAUGCGGUACAUCUUAAUAGACUGGCUCGUGGAGGUUGCUACUAUGAAAGAUUUCUCCAGUCUUUGUUUACACAUGACAGUGGGUCUGGUGGACCGGUAUUUAAAGCUGCGCAGCGUCCCACGGGCCAAGCUCCAGCUGGUUGGAAUUGCCUGCAUGGUCAUAUGCACACGCUUUAUUAGCAAAGAAAUUCUAACAAUACGGGAAGCCGUGUGGCUGACUGAUAACACCUAUAAAUAUGAGGACCUGGUUCGGAUGAUGGGAGAGAUCAUCUCUGCACUGGAGGGAAAAAUUAGGAUGCCCACGGUGGUAGACUAUAAAGAUGUCCUGUCUCACCUCAUCCCUCUGGACAGGAACACUUUGCAUCUAUGCAGCUAUAUUUCAGAGCUGUCCCUACUGUAUACAGAGCUGUCUAUGUAUUCACCGGCUCAACUAGCGGCUGGUGCGCUGCUAUUAGCUAGGAUACUGCACAGACAAGCACGUCCAUGGCCUGCCCAACUUGCAGAAACAACAGGCUUCACUCUGGAACACCUAACUCCAUGCGUCGUACUCCUGCACAAGAAAUGCUUCCAUGAUGAUGCACCCAGAGAUUACAGGCAGGUGUCCCUGACAGCUGUGAAACAGCGCUUCCAGGAUGAUCUAUAUGAUCAGAUCAGUAAGGAGAAGCAGGUGAUGGACCACACUCAUCUAUGUGAACUGCUUGGAGUUCCGUGCCAUGAUUCAGAGUCUCCCGCAACUUGUCCAAACGCUGCUGACUUCCAUCAAUUCCUAUGCUCUCCUUCUGGGAACAAAACAAAGAGGCGCAGGGAGGAAAGCAUACAAGAGGAUCGGGGAAGCUUUGUCACCACUCCUACUGCUGAACUGUCCAAUCAAGAGGAGGAUCUGCUCGGCGACUUCCUAGACUGGAGCCUUGAAACCUCCUGUUCUGGUUAUGAAGGGGAUAGGGAAAGUGAAGGCGAGCGGGAAGGAGAAGUAACAGCGCCCAGUGGGGUCCUGGAUCUUUCACUCCUACUCACGGAACACCCGCAGUGUCAGGAUUCCACCACUGAUGAUGACUCUAUCACCCUCCACCCAAUCCCAUUGCUGUCCAAGGCAGAAAAUGGAACCGACUCCAUCGAAGGGUGUGUAGAGAAAAGCUCUGGUUAUUCCUCCGUAAGCAGUGGAGGCAGCCCAACAUCGUCAUCUUCUCCAGGCCUCCCAUUCACCCCAACCCCAGGACUAAACCACAGCAAACUGACCCCUAUUCCCUUUCCCCAGCCAUGCUCCCCUCUCCUCAAGGCAAGCCGCAGGCAAGUGAAGAGGAAAAACCAAGCCCAGCACAGUGAAGAUAACCUCUCUGAUGAACUGUAAUGAACUCAAUCCAUUCUAAAUGUGUGUACAGAGAUGUAUAGAAAUAUAUAUAUAUUUGGCAUUAAAAGAGAAUAUUCUGUAA